CCUCCCGUGGAUUGUCUCUUGGUACGCCAUGCCGGUGUCGAUUCAACCGAGCGAGGAACAGGGUUCAGACGAUGGGUUCCCGCUCGACCUUCCAGAUCAAGCAGUGCGCCAAUCCAUUCCUCCACCGCCAUGCUACCUAACUAUCUACUAUACUACGUAGUACCAAGAUCCUUGACUAGGUAGACUAUCUUGGGGCCCGGAUUGGGCUUGUAUCCAGUUGAAGCGUGCGGGGUCGAUGUGGUCAAGAUAUCAAUCGAGCGACUCCUCUCCUCAAAGUCGAGAGCUGCAAAUUGGCACCCCAAGGUUCCAGCCGUCAAUUGCUAACCCGGUCCUCCAAUCCCAUUGACACAAGCGACCAUGUCCUCUCGCCUGCACCAGCAGCUGCUGCUCGUGGCCGCGACGGCCCUGGGCCUGUCCCAAGCGGCGCCGUCGCCCGGUCUGCCCAUGGUCAUCAACACAUGGGGCGGACCCUUUACGGCCGCCACGGACGCAGCCUAUGACUUCAUCCGCAGGUCCGACUCCGCCACGGCGGCCCUGGACGCGGUCGAAGUGGGUUGCUCGACCUGCGAGGCGCGCCAGUGCGACGGCUCGGUCGGCUUCGGCGGCUCGCCCGACGAAAAUUGCGAGACGACGCUCGACGCCAUGAUCAUGGACGGCGCGACCAUGAAAUCCGGCGCCGUCGCCGGUCUGCGCCGCAUCAAGAACGCCGUGUCGGCCGCCCGCGCCGUCCGCGACCGCACCACCCACAGCCUGCUGGCCGGCGACCUGGCCACCGCCUUUGCCGUGUCCAACGGCAUGCGCGAGGAGGAUCUGACCACCGACGCCACCCGCGAGCGGUGCAAAGCCUGGCGGGAGAACAACUGCCAGCCAAACUACCGCGUCAACGUCACGCCGGAUCCAAAGACGUCGUGCGGGCCGUAUGUGACGCCUGCGGGUCCGCCGCCGCUCCUCACCCGUGCUGACUCGCAGGUGUCGCACGAUACUAUUUCCAUGAUCGCCAUCGCGGCGGAUGGGACCAUGGCCGCGGCGACCUCGACCAACGGUGCUGGCUUCAAGGUCCCUGGCCGGGUUGGCGAUGGACCUAUUGUUGGCUCGGGGAGUUAUGCCGACGACGAGGUAGGUGGUUGCGGCGCAACAGGAGACGGCGACAUCAUGCUGCGCUUCCUGCCAUGUUACCAGGCGCUUGAGAAUAUGCGCAAUGGCAUGACGCCCAAGCAGGCCGCCGCCGAUGCCGUGAGGCGGAUGGUGAGAAAGUACCCUGCCGUCUCAUCCGGCAUCGUGGUGGUCAACAACAAGGGCGAACACGGCGGUGCCGGGUCCGGUUGGACAUUUACCUACAGUUUCAGGGGCGGGAACAUGAACGAAACACAGGUCGUCACAGUACCUCCAAUCUCGACAUGUGAGCGAUUCCAAACCCAGCCUUGAACACCAUGCAAAUCAGGUUGAUUCUUGUUGCAAACGCUCAUGCAAGCCUUGAUUAAACAUGUAGAGAACAUAAAUGUAAAUUGGGUAUAAUUGCAAAUAUCUAAGUACGCACGCUAUGCUUCCAUGAAAAGGCACAAAUAUUGGCCAUCAAUUUGAUUCACUCCUC